AUGCUAAAUCUGGGAAUUCCUGAAAUGAAGUUGCUAGGCAUAAGAUUAAUUGAUUCAUUGUCAUGUGAGCAUAAAAGUACUUUCAUUGAAAUCCCCCUUGUUGGGGGCUGGGAAGAGGUAAAGGGUGGGUCCGGAGACGUCCGAAGCCCAGCUCCCAGGGGAGGAGGCGUACCUGAAGGGCCCAGCCCGGGUCAAGUGGCGCCCGAACAGGGACUUGAGAUAGAAGUUCCUCUUCGGGGACCCCGCCAGGUACGGGUAAGUACCCUCUCUCCAGUGAAAGAGAGGAAGGGACCGACAGCCUAUGCAGAUCGGGGCUGCAUAGAGGGUAAGAUGGGAGCACGAUAUAGUAAAGGAAUUACACCGGAGGAUAAGCGAGUGCUAGUCCUACAAGUUUAUAAACUUUGUAGGGACAAUGGGGUGAAAAUACAGCUGAGACGCUGUCAGGAGUGGGUAGAGAAACUUAUAGUGGUGUCCCCGUGGUUACAGAACCAAGGGAUUGAUUAUCAAAGAUGGAAAAUAGUUGGGAGCCAGAUGUCUUCCUACGCAGAGACAGAACCAGGGUUCUUAAAACCAGAGGAUUUUACUCUUUAUGGCAUUGUGACUUUUGCCCUCUCUCCGCGCCCUCCGCCGGUAAUAGUAGCGGAGGAGACACAGGUAGGAACAUCCUUAUUAGGAGGGGAACAAGACCUCGAGGGUCAGGAAGAGCCAUGGCCUGAGCCCCCUAAGCCCUCUGAAAUCCCGUCCGCACCAUGGCCGAGUCUGGAGCCGCUCCCUCCGGAGCCACUCCCCCCGGAGCCACUCCCGAUGUGCCAGUGGCAGCAGAAAAAGGAAGUUCCGCCUGUGGCGCAGUUAGAAUUCCAGAAAGAGGAAGUUCCACCUGUGGCGCAGUUAGAAAUGCAGAUACAGCAACUACAGACCCAAAUAAACCAAAUGCAGCUUGAUAAAAGAGGGAAGAAUGAACAGACCCCGCAGACUUCACUUUUACAGCAUUCAUUGCGAGAGGCCGCUAGGGAUGGGCAGGUAGUAGACUGGAAAGAGUGGGGACAGGAAUUCCCGAUUUUUGUCCAAGGAGGAGCCGGAGGAGGUGGUCGGGCUCACCGACCAAUGCCCUAUAAGUUCAUGAAAGAUUUAAAAGAGGCAGUUAAAUUAUAUGGAGCAGGCUCUUCUUAUGUCAAGCAGCUGUUGCAAUCUACUGUGGCUGUGGCCGCUUGGACCCCAGGGGAUUGGGAUGAAAUUAUGUCUGCUGUGUUGGAGAGUGCUGCUUACACCGCCUGGUCGGCGUAUAGACGCCGAGAGUCUAGGACCUGGGCGGAGGCUAAUUUCCCUCAGAAUGUAGAAGAUACCAUUAAUAUGCUAACUGGGUAUGGCCAGCAUGCUGGACUGCAGGCACAGCUUUUACUCCCAGACCUUGUUAUACAAGGUGCCCAGAUAGUGGCGCUAAAAGCAUUGGAUAGACUAGGGGAGAAAUCACAACCUCCUUUAAACAAACUUGUACAAAGACCAAAGGAAAGUGCCAUGGAAUUUGCGUCCCGAGCACAAGAGGUUGUGGAAAAGAGAUAUGGAGCAGGAGAUGUUGCCCAAAAGCUACUGAUACAGCUUUUCAAGGAAGGGCUUAAACAGUCACGAGGGUUGUUGUCAAAGUUACCACCAGACCCUACAUGGGAAGAAUGCAUUGAUGUGUGCUUAGAAGAAGGUCCCUUGCCGGACGCAGGCAUGAUUCAGGUACUGACGGAAGCUUUUGCAGCAGUGCAGGCGACUACCCAGAGGAAGAAAAAACAAACUUGUUUCCGUUGUGGAAAAGUAGGUCAUUUUCGGAGCCAAUGCCUCCAGGGCGGUCCCCAGGUCCGCUGUUUUAAAUGCGGCAAAACAGGACAUGUGCAGAAAUUCUGUCGGUUGAGAUGGACCGAGCCACGUAGACGGGAAAUAGAAAGAGAAAGUGUCGAUAUGCAGGGAAAUGGGCAGCGGGUGCCCUAG